AUGGUGGGCCACUUCAUCAGAGAUUGUCCUCAAGCCAAGAAGGAGGAGCCUAAGAAGAGUACUACUCAGAACCCAGGACGACUUUUUACCAUGACUCAGGCUGACGCAGAUGCUAGUCCGUCAGUGGUGACAAGAGCUACUCAUUCCUACGUGUCGAGUAGAGUAAUUGAAAGUUUCCAUAAACCAUGUGAUAUAUAUGCUUCGGGGUUUGGUACCCUGUUACCAUCAGGAGACCUUAUAUUACGAGACCACAAGUUGUAUGCUAAAUUAAAAAAGUGUGAAUUCUGGUUAUCUCGUGUCUCUUUCUUGGGGCAUAUAGUAGAUAAAGAUGGGAUAAUGGUGGAUCCGGCCAAGAUUGAAGCUGUUCGAGAUUGGCAAACACCAAAAUCAGCUACUGAAGUCAGAAGCUUUUUAGGUUUACCUAGGUAUUAUCGUCGAUUUGUUGAGGGUAUCUCAAAGAUUGCUGUACCCUUAACGGAGUUGACCUGA